UCCUUACCGCGUCAUUGAGGGCUCUGUCCGGAAGCACAAGCCGAGAGAACAAGGGUGAGAGAAAAGGGCUCCGCGGAGACGAAUAUCCACGAGCACCGCCGCGCCGGCGUCGAAUUCGCCGCAGUGCCAAGCAAGCGGCCGUCGCUGCCAUAGAUCAGCGGAGAAGAGACGGGAGGCGUUUUCUCUUGUUUGAUUGUUAGGCGGAUGCGAUGCUGCUGCGCGGCAAGGUGAGGCCCGCGGGUGCGGCGGCACGGCGGGCGGCGCUGCGGUGGUGGCUGCUCUCCCUCGCCGGCGCCGGCGCCACCAUCACCGCCGCCGCCGCGCUUCUCGCCGUCGCCCUUCACGUCUCCUCCGCCUUCGCCAGCGCUCCCUACCGCCUCUCCCAGCAGCCGCGGGAGGCCGAGGAGCUGCGCUGGGAGCUGGAGUUCGCGCCGCCGCAGCUCGCGUUGCCGCAGUCGCGAAAGCUGGACGGCGCGGCCGACGACGCAGCGGAGAAGCGGCUGUGGCUGCCGGCGCCGUCGCGGGGGUUCGUGCCCUGCGUCGCGCCGUCGCCGGAGUACAAACGCCCGGGGGCGUCGAGGCGGUACCUGUUCGUACACACCAAUGGCGGGCUCAACCAGAUGCGCGCUGGGAUCAGUGAUAUGGUGGCCAUUGCACGGAUACUUAAUGCUACACUCAUCAUUCCAGAGCUUGAUAAGAAAUCAUUUUGGCAUGACAGAAGCAACUUUUCAGAUGUCUUUGACGAAGAACAUUUCAUACAUUCUUUGGCAAAUGAUGUGAAAGUUGAGAAAAAGUUGCCCAAGGAUUUGGUGAAAGCUCCAAAGUAUGUCCGGUACUUCAAGAGUUGGGCUGGAGUAGAUUAUUACCAGGAUAAAAUUUCUCCACUGUGGGAUCAUCGCCAGGUCAUUCGAGCUGCUAAGUCAGAUUCUCGCCUUGCAAACAACUACCUUCCUCCUGACAUUCAAAAGCUUCGCUGCCGGGCCUUUUUCCAGGCACUUAGAUUUGCUCCCCCGAUUGAAGCUUUGGGCAAUCUAUUGGUGGAGAGGAUGAGGUCAUUUGGGCCAUAUAUUGCUUUGCAUCUGCGCUAUGAGAAGGAUAUGCUUGCUUUUAGUGGGUGCACCUAUGGCUUAUCACAGACAGAAUCAGAAGAACUUGCAAUGAUCAGAGAAAACACAACCUACUGGAAGGUGAAAGACAUUGAUCCAUUAGAACAAAGAUCCCAUGGCUAUUGUCCCUUGACACCAAAGGAGGUUAGUAUGUUUCUUUCUGCCCUAGGAUAUCCAUCAAGCACCCCAGUGUACAUAGCUGCAGGGGAAAUAUAUGGAGGCAAAUCACAUAUGGUUGAUUUACAAUCACGCUUCCCAAUUCUAAUGAACAAGGAAAAACUUGCUUCAGCUGAAGAACUGCAACCUUUCAGCCAAUACGCUGCUCAAAUGGCAGCUUUAGACUACAUUGUUUCGGUGGAGAGUGAUGUCUUCAUUCCAUCCUAUUCGGGGAACAUGGCACGGGCUGUUGCAGGCCAUCGGCGUUUCCUUGGCCACAGGAAAACAAUCAGUCCGGACAGGAAAGCAUUAGUUCGCUUGUUUGAUAAAGUCAACAGUGGAUUACGGAAGGAAGGGGAAAUACUAUCACAAAGGAUAAUAGACAUCCACCGGAAAAGACAAGGCUCUCCACGGAAGCGAAAAGGCCCCAUCCCGGGCACGAAAGGCAAAGAUAGGUUUCGGUCAGAAGAGGCAUUUUAUGAGAACCCUCUUCCCGACUGCCUGUGUCAACCGGGGUCCCCAUCCGGCGAUGAUUCUCUUGUUAGCAUCUAAGCCACGGAGCCAACCAUCCUCGCAGAUCCCGAUGGCCAUUCCCCCGUGUACAUAGAGCGAUUCAGAAACAGGAGAGGAAGGUGUAUACUGAUAAACUCCGCAGCAUCAGAAGUCCUGCUGAUGUGAAAUGACGCUCCAACGAUUUGCUGGAGCAUCACCGUCCAGCUGUGGAUCAAAUACUGACAUGGUAGCAUGGACAUGUUCAGAAAUCAGAACAGCUGGAAGAGGGUGACAAAGGCCGCUAGCUGUAGAAGGUCAUCAUAGAUGUAGUCAUGUUGUGCAGGACUAUAGAGAAGUCAUGUUGGGUAAUUAAUCGCCUGCCUGUAAGUAGAUUGUAGCAAUAAAAAGAGAAAUAUAGAAUAACUGAA